GCUCUUCACGGAUACCCCGAAUUCGGGCAAUUUGCGGUGACGUCUUCGAGCAGCCUCCAAAAUCGACGAUGAACCCAGAGGGGUCAGUGGCUAUGGGAGCAACGCUGCGAUGUGCCAUGCUCACUCCCCUCCAAAAAGUGCGCGAAUUCGAGAUCCGCGAGCGGCAACUCUACAAAAUAUCCAUCGUCUACGAGGGCCAAGGAGGAAUUCAUCUCGAAUCCGUCAUCUUCAACGAGGGCGACGAGAUCCCAUCGACACGCGAGAUGUCUUUCCGACGAGGCGACGAGUUCACGGUGCACGCCUUCGGCCAUUCGGCGGCAUCGAAGGGACCGCAAAAGAUUGGAGACUGGGAUAUCAAGAUGCCCACCAAUGAACAGCAGAAGGAUUAUCAGAUUUAUGGAACGCCGCUACACCUCUACGAGACGAAAGUGACGUUCGAGAUCGACGCCGAUGGGAUGUUCCAGGUGCAGAAAGCCGAAAUGAUGGCUCCGGCUGUCGAGGUUCCGUCGUCUUCACUUACGAAUACUCCUCUGAUGAAUGGAAGCCUGCGACCAGUUCAAAGCGUCGAAGUAGAUGAACAAGCCGGCCCGUCGACCUCCAAAAAACCCGUGUUUCUUCCCAUCCACCUAUCCGUCCAGAACGACUCGCUGGCAUUUCCCAUUAAUGCGUACGGGCAGAUUGAGGCUAAUCUGCUUGCCUUUGACGAGAAGCAUCGUGAAAAUCAGGAUGCGAGAAAUGCAGUGGAGGAGUACGUCUAUGAGAUGCGGGCGAAGCUGAACAGGUCGCUGGGGUCGUGUAUUUCCAGUGAGGAAGUCACCUCGCUACUCCAAGAGCUCAACGAGGCCGAGAAAUGGCUAUCGGAAGUAGGAGAGGCGGGCGAGACGAACGCGUUCAAGCAACGGUUGGCUGAUCUGAGGAAGAUUAUGAGUCCCGCGCUAGCUAAAAAAGAAGAAAAACAAGCCAUUACUCCUCCACCUCCUCUUGAUGAGGAUUCU